AUGCGUAUAUUGACCUGGAAUCUCAACGGAGUCCGCACAAUUCCACAGUAUCACCCAUGGAAUGUGCACAAGUCAUGGAACGGGAUCCUCCAGGAGCUGGGUGCCGACAUCCUGUGCUUUCAAGGCGCACGCGUUCAUCGUGAUUCUGACACGCUGACAACAGAGAUGAAAACAACACGCGCGGCAAUCGGUCGGGAUGUCGCAUUGCCGGAGUUGUUUGACUCGUUCUUUUCAUUCCCAUAUUCGAAAGGGGGCUACAGCGGUGUCGCCGUCUACACCAAGAUGGACGCGGUAGUCCCGCUAAAAGCCGAGGAGGGUCUCUCUGGCAAGCUGCAACCGAAACCCGCGCUGUCACCCGAGGAGCGUGUUUCACCUUCAUAUCCUUAUGCACAUGAGAUAGACAUGAUGCCAGACGCUGAAGGCAACACACCUUCGGAUCUUUCAAGCUUAGACUCCGAGGGACGUGCUCUUGUCGUCGACCUCGGACUCUUUGUCUUAAUCAAUCUCUACUGCCCGAACGAGACGUCCGAUGCUCGGCUGCCGUUCAAAGUCAACUAUCACUUACUCCUGCAGGAACGCGUCAGGAAGCUUAUCGAAGAAGGACGCGAUGUGAUCGUUCUCGGUGACAUCAAUGUCUGUGCUGCUCCGAUUGAUCACUGCGAUGGCCAUCUGCCCAGCAAUGCGAGCACUUUCUGGGAUCACCCCGCCCGAGAGUGGUUUCAUAAGUGGCUGCACCCCAAUGGCCCCAUGAUCGACGUGGUGCGCGACUUUUGGCCUGAUAGAAAGGGCAUGUAUACGUGUUGGAACACCAAGAUCAGUGCACGGGAGACGAACUAUGGUACGCGGAUUGAUUAUAUCCUAGUCACUCCCGGCCUGCUGCCGUGGAUCAAACACAGUGACAUCCAACCUGCGGUCAAGGGCUCUGAUCACUGUCCUGUGUAUGUCGACUUGCACGACGAGAUCACGCUCGCCUCGGGCGACAAGCUCACCUUGCAGGACGCGAUGCGGAUGGACGGCAGCAAGCGCGAUCCGCCCCGUAUCGCCGCCAAGUACUGGGAAGAAUUCCUCGGCAGGCAGACCUUGCUGUCCAGUUUUUUCGGCAAGCGCGACCAUAGCAAGGCGACUACGCAGGUGGCAGGCUCCCCACAAACGCCCCCUUCAGAGACACUCGCUCGCUCAUCCACACAGCCUCUUCCCACAGCCGCUUUCGAUGCAUUAGGAUCUUAUCAGACAGAGCCGUCUGCUGCCACGACUCUGAUCGAUGCAUACCCUUCUCAGACGACGGGGAUCCCCACCACCUCUCAAGCUACGAUCUCGCCAGACGGAAGCGAAGCACCUAGUACACUCACUGUCGAAGAAGCACCCGCAGGCGCAGCCAAAUCGAAGAAGCCCAAUCGCGGCCAAUCGAAGCUUUCGUCCUUCUUCGCCAAACCGCCUCCGACGGCGAAGGCGCCCAAGCCUCCCGAGAUCGUCGAGAUUCCGGACGAUGACGACAACGACGGCCCCAUGGAUGCGGACUAUCGCCUCGCCUGUGAGCUCUCUGCGUCCCAAGAAAGCGCCCUCGCGCGCAGCGAGGCCGUCGCCUCCGCAUCGGGAUCGCAGGGCUCUACGAAGGAUCCGUCCGAAAGCAGAGAAGCCUGGGCAUCCCUCUUCGCCCCAGUUGCACCACCCAAAUGUGCCGCCCACGGCGAGCCGGCGAAGGAGCUGCGUGUCAAUAAGCCUGGCCCGAACAAGGGCAAGACGUUCUACACCUGUUCUAGGUAA